AUGGGAAACGAGGAGGUGCUAAUCGCCACAUGGGCAAAUCGUUUGCAAACUCACAUUUCGGUCACCAUUUGCAAUUAUAAGUCGGCAAUUUGUAAGCUGGUAUUUGAGCAUCGGUAUCCUGAAAAAACUUGGGCCGAGCCAGCGGACUUUUCUUCACUUUUGAGCAACCGUCUAGAUUCGAUUUUCAUUCUCCUACCCAGGACUAGAGCUGAUGGGAACAGUUACCAGCACAUUGCCAAACUUCUUAUCCAGCACGAUUCACAAGACAACCUAAAAAUGGCUAAGUCGUCGUUUUUAUCCGUCGGCAAUUACGAUGUAGCAGCAUUGGAACGUUACGAUAGUUCAACAGACACCAUUUAUUUCACCGCACUUGCUCCCUUACCUGGAAAUCGGCACCUCUACUCCACAAAGGCAACGCCGACGACCGAUGAAGUUUGGACAUGUGUUACUUGUAAGCAUGGAAAUUGCACUUAUCAGAGCAACUAUAUCUCUCCUCAAUUCAGCUAUCUCCUCACCCAGUGCAGAGUAAGUUUGAACAACAUUUUAUGGUAUUUACAACUGAAACAUUACUUUUUAAUGCUUAUCUCUUUCCCUUCCGCUGUAUGA